CUUUGCGCCGCAACUUGGAAAACGAAACACUUCCUGUCACUUUCGACGUAUUUUACCUUCUUUGCAAUAGCAAGAGAUCGGCUUAUACUUGAUGACUUGCUGAGGCAAUUCGCGGCUUACUAUAUUUUGUUACCCCGCCAAGUACCUGUCUUGGGCUUUGUUUGCACCUCCAACGAGCGACUGGGCCUGUGUUUGAGCUGCAUAGGAUUUCAACGACAGCAGAACACUUCAGCGCAAGCUCCCCAAACGUCGAUAUAACAACGACUAAUACAUCUCAUCUCCUGUUAAAAUGCGCGGUGCCGUGCAACCCACGAAGGACGGCUCCGGACGCCUUCUCCUCGUCUCCAACCGCCUGCCCAUCACCAUCAAGCGCUCCGACGAUGGAACUUACAGCUUCAGUAUGUCCUCUGGUGGCCUGGUCACUGGUCUCAGUGGCUUGGCAAAGACGACCAAGUUCCAAUGGUACGGAUGGCCUGGGCUGGAGGUCCCAGAGGCAGAGGUCGAGGACUUGACUACUCGUCUGAGGGACGAGUACGGCGCGACGCCCAUAUUUGUUGACGAUGAGCUCGCAGAUCGCCAUUACAACGGCUUUUCAAACUCCAUCCUGUGGCCGCUCUUCCAUUACCACCCCGGAGAAAUCACAUUUGACGAAUCCGCCUGGUCAGCGUAUAAGCAAGUGAACCGCCUCUUCGCCAAGACCAUGGCCAAAGACGUACAGGACGGCGACAUGAUCUGGGUCCACGACUACCAUCUCAUGCUCCUCCCCGAGAUGCUGCGCGAGGAAAUCGGCGACACCAGGAAGAACGUCAAGAUUGGAUUCUUCCUGCACACGCCGUUCCCAUCGAGCGAGAUAUACAGAAUUCUGCCAGUGAGAGAGCAGCUGCUUAUGGGCGUGCUGCAGUGUGACUUGAUUGGCUUCCAUACCUAUGACUACGCCAGACAUUUCCUCAGCAGUUGUGCGAGGAUACUGGAAGUGGGCACGACACCUAACGGAGUCGAGUAUGGCGGGAAAUACGUGACGGUGGGCGCGUUCCCUAUUGGAAUUGACCCGGAUAAGUUUGUGGAAGGCUUGAAGAAGCCAAAGGUUAUUGACCGAAUCAACGCCCUCAAGAAGAAGUUUGAAGGCGUGAAGCUUAUCGUUGGAGUUGAUCGUUUGGAUUACAUCAAGGGUGUACCGCAGAAACUGCAUGCCCUGGAGGUCUUCUUGACUGAGAACCCGGAGUGGGUUGGCAAGGUGGUCCUGAUCCAAGUGGCCGUCCCCAGCAGAGAAGACGUAGAGGAAUACCAGAAUCUUCGCGCUGUUGUCAACGAACUUGUCGGAAGAAUUAAUGGCAAAUUUGGCACAAUCGAAUUCAUGCCCAUCCACUUCCUCCAUCAAUCCGUAGCCUUCGACGAGCUCACCGCCCUAUAUGCCGUCUCCGACGUCUGCCUCGUCUCCUCCACCCGUGACGGCAUGAACCUCGUUUCCUACGAGUACAUCGCCACGCAGCGCGAGCGCCACGGUGCCCUGAUCCUCUCCGAGUUCACCGGCGCCGCGCAGUCUCUGAAUGGCGCUCUCGUCGUCAACCCAUGGAACACCGAGGAGCUCGCGAAGGCGAUCUACGACUCUGUUACGAUGGAUGCUGAGCAACGGCUCAACAACUUCAAGAAGCUCGAGUCGUAUGUGUUUAAGUAUACGAGUGCGUGGUGGGGCGAGAGCUUCGUGGGAGAGCUGAAUCGCAUCUCCAUUGCGGCGGAGAAGAAGAAGGCGAAGGAGCUGGAGGAGGGGAAGUUGCCCGCGGUUCCCUUUAGGGAGAAGCUGGAGAGUGUUGGGAAGGUUGUUAAGGAUGUGGUGGUGGGCAAGGACGAGAAGGAAGAUAAGGCGGAGGAGAACUGAGGAGGGAGUGAAGUAUAGAGACGAUUAUAGGCGAUCUGGGUUUGCAUUGCGUGGGUUUACGAAGAUUGGAGGGUGGAGUAUAUGGGCUGGCUUUGGGUUGCUUGGGAUACUCUUGUGUUAUGAACUGCGUGGAGCGAAAAUAAAUAUGAAUAUGAUGGAUGCCAAAGACUG